CGCUGAUCUACUGUUUAGUCCUGACAGUGCUUGCAAGAUCGAUAAGAAACUAUUUUUUUUUUAAGUGAUUUUUUCGUAGAAAUGUCCACUUUAAAGUUCAUGAAUGGCCACGGUGGUGCAAAAAUAACCAACGGAACUAUUAAUGGAGACGCCCAUGUUCAUAAGGAUGUAUUUCAUCCCGAAAUAGGCCAUAGAUAUACCUACGAAUCUUUACAAGAAACCGUUGAAUUCUUGCGAUCCAAAGUACCAUAUCUACCGGAAGUCGGUGUCAUAUGCGGGUCCGGUCUAGAAAUUGACCAUUUUACAGGCUCGUUGGCGGAGUGUUUGGACAAUCCCAUAGAAAUAUCCUACGACUGCAUUCCGCACUUUCCCAGAAGUACCGUCAAGGGACACGUGGGGGCGCUGGUUUUCGGGUUCAUGUCAGGGCUGCCAACUGUGUGCAUGAAGGGGCGGUUCCAUUACUACGAGGGCUAUCCGUUGUGGAAAUGUUGUAUGCCUAUUAGAAUUAUGAAACUACUUGGUAAGUGGAUAGAGGAACAUUAGAAAAAUAAUCAAACAGAAGAGCCCUAUACAGG